AUGACCGAUUCUACAUCUCAAUCUCAAUUCGAAAAUAGAAAAGAUACAAAGGUAAAUAAAACAGUUUUAGGGAAAACUCUGAACUUUUAAAUUUUUGUGAGGUUGGAUUUGGAAAUAACGUAAGAGAAUACAAAUUUCCAGAACCACCAUCAAAAUCAGUAUAAAUUUCUCAUUUUUCAGUUCAACAUUCGGAAAAUCAUUCCAUCAUAUUUGAGUCAUUUCAAAAUGCUCGCAACCACUGCUGAAUUUCGUGUCAGCUACGAUGCUCCAACUGAUCAAUCAACUUAUACUUAUACUCUUACUUGGGAAGAUGCUACUGAAACUGAAAAGGAUAAGAAGCAAAAAAGAUCUGCUUCGACUCCACCUCCAGUCAAAAAGAAUUCAUCUACUUCAACUAAUUUAUCAAAAAAAGAAUCAAAACAUCGAACAACAAUUAAUCGAGUAUCGGAAAAUUCAAUCGAACCAGUGAUUGCUGUUUGUGAUGGACCAUGUAAAAAAUCGGUGACAUCAAAUAAAUUGAAUACUUUGGGAAGAUGUGGACAUUAUUUGUGUGAAGCUUGUUAUGGAAUUGUUAUCAAUUCAGAUGGUACAAAAGGUUGUAGUUCAUUUGCUUGUAAUUGGAAAGGAGAUACAAAAACUGAAGCAAUGAAAUCAUAUGAAAGAGAGGUUGGCUAAUGAUAUAAGAUGGGAUUAAUCUAAUUUAAAUUUGUCGCUUGGCUUGGUGUUUUAUGAUUUUUAAGGAUUGUUAAAAGAUUGGGAUGUAAAGGUUUACUGUUUCUUUGCACGAGGAAACACAUUUUCAAAAAUUCUUGUUCGAAGUUUUGAAAUUUUUUAUUCUUUCAAAAAAGUCUACAGUAACCAAAAAUUGUGAUACAGUACCUAAAAGUCCAAAUUCGGAAAGCCGUACAGUUUUUUCUAUUUAUAACUUUUCUUCUAAUUUCCGUGUUCAAGUUUUUUCCCUUUUUCCAGAUCGUUCAAAAGCAACGAAAACGAGCAGAAGAAAUGAAACAUCGAGGUGUCGAUGUCAAAAUUGCAAGCACUUUUGAUAAUUCAUCUUUCUUAUCAGCAAAAUCAUCUUCAACAAUGUUGUCAACAACAAAUCAAACUGAACCAUCUGAAUAUACAGAUUUCCAAUCAGCAACACCUUGUGAAACAUCUCAAACAUUGAGUCAACCAUCUGAAGAUUCCACCAAAAUCAUCAAAAAAUAUCCAAAUAAAAACGAGAUGGUUAUUGUCAAAUUUGUUCUCAUCGAAAAAACACCAUUUGAUGCAACACUUCGUGUUUAUAAUACGAUUGAAUCAGCAACUUCGACAUAUGCAUCCGAAAUUAUUGAUCAGUUUUUAUCAAAUGCUAACAAAGAUCCAUAUGAGUAUUUGAAAAAGGGAAAAUUGUAUUUUGUCGAUUGUGGAAAUGAUGGAACACAAUUAAUGAAAAGACUCAGGAAGAAUGAGUUACCUUCAAAAAGAUUGAUUGAUUUCCCGCUGAUUCGUGAGAACAUCUUAUUUAUUUUGGAUACAAUUAAUUAUUUGAAAAAGGAAGAUGUUAAAAUAUCAUUAACAUCACUUGAAAGAUGA